AUGGCACUAUCUCCGAAGGCCCAAACUUCUUCAACUCGUAGCACUUCUCGCCCGUCCAACCGUCAUCGCGAAGAGUAUCAGGGAGAGAGCUCCUUUACAUUAUCAGUGCAGGAGCAGAAUGCAGAGUCUCUGCUACGUUGUUCCCGGUACAUGCGAAUGAUUGCUGAUGAAAUGGACCCCCAAUCUUCGCUUAAACGAGCCAAGAAAGCAUGCACAGAGUGCAGACAACAAAAGCACAAAUGCGAUGCCUAUUUGAACCCCGAUCAGCCAUGCACAAGAUGCCGAAAGUCUGAGAUUAAAUGUGUCAUCUCAGACCCUUUUCGAAGGGAGCAUAAACGUCAGCGUCGAGCCGAACUAGAACAUGAGGCGAACGAGCUUCGGCGACAAUUACAAGCUGUGCAGGCUCCAACGCAUCAUGCUUCGCCCAUAGCCAUGCUCACAGCUGCAGCAGAGAUGGGAGUACAUUCUGCAAACAGCGAGCUUGCAUUAAGUCUUCCUACCCCUCCUGCUCCAACUCUUCCUACUCCCCCGGCUUCUGGUCUUUCUCCUUCUUGUGCCGCUGCUCUUCCUGUCCCAUCGUAUGCGCAGCAGCUGCUGUCCUCGGCAGGUCUAGAAGAGCCUUUAGCCCAAGUGGAUAUCGAGCCGGACAACCGUCGUCUAGAGCCAACCGUUCCUCGUACCUUGAAUAAUGUGACAGUGAAGGCAGCGGAGAUCGACGAUCUGUUCCAAGUGUUCUUCCGUGAAUAUUCUCAGUUCCUUCCCAUCCUCGAUAUCGGGCUGACACCCAAUGCAUAUUACACACAAUCUCCUUUUCUGUUCUGGGCUGUUAUUGGGGUUGCGUGCAGGUCUUACCCGAAAAAUCCUACCUUACUGACAGCUCUCUCUCGGGGCAUCGUUGAGAUGGCUUUACUCUCAGCCUUGUCAACGACACCAUGGCACACGGUUCAGGGACUGUUGCUGCUUCUCACAUGGCCCUUUGCAAAGGACAAAACUCGGUCGGAUGUGAUGUUCACCUUGAGUGGCAUGAUGCUGCAUAUCGCCAUGCAGAACGGCACGCACAUACCCAUGUCCAGCCAUGAGUUUUCCAGAUUUAAGACUCCCGCACCGUCCGAAGCUGAUAUGAUCCGGCGAUCGGAACUUUGGGCGCAUUGUGUAAUUGCUUAUCAGAACUCUUGCAUUGUCAAAGGGCAAUUAGCUCGCACUCUCAACGAUAUGCACCAGGAACUCGGGCAGAGCCAUCGCUUGUUCCAGAGAAUCGCACCGGGAUUGGUACUGAAGCUGAAAUGCUUGGACCUGGUAACCAGAUGCAGCGCGGCAGUCGUCGAAAACGGCUUGCGAAAUUUGUCUUUGGAACAGGAGCGAUCGUUGGAUAUCAUUCUCCGCACAUACGAGAGUCAAAUCGCAGACUUGGAAUCCCAGUUCACUUCCGGUAUGAUCCAGCCGAUUUAUUCAAGGAGGAACAGCGCUGACUGCCUUACAGCAGUCGACAGAUUCCAUGUAGCUCUGUGCCGCCUGAGUAUUCUAGUCUUUCAUUUCUACAAGACCGAAACCCUAUCUUCAACCGGCUCCUUGCCUCGCCUUUUGGCCACGGCUUGCCGAGUCAUUGACUUCGUCCAGUCUUUAGGUCAAACACCCGGCCGCCUGAUGACUACCCCCGUACAGAUAAACUUCGGGCUCCUCCUCGCUUCAGUGUCCCUGCUCCGCAUACUCAAGCUAUACACAUCUUGCGACCUGGAUCUCGAGCGAGCCAGAGCCUCGUUUUUCGCCGGAAUCAAUCUCGCCAAGGAGAUGUCCGUCCAGCAGAAUGAUACUGCCGCCAAGGCCGUCUUCAUCCUGAACCAGCUCUGGAAUAGCACCAAGGCCUACCGCAAGCCCGAUGGCAGCGCGUACACAUCCCUCAGAGUGCGGGGUCGUCUUGUCCUCAGUCCCGUCCUCGACGCGGUCUGGUGGUGGCGAGACGAGAAUGAGCCACAAUAUCGUACUAUGUAUCUUCCGCAGGGGGAGGCCGCGGAUGGUAUACCUCCCAUUCCUGAAACUCAUCCCGCACAGGCUGAUGACCCCAUGAUCUCAGGAGCUGAGAGCGAUCGCAACCACUCCAGUGCGGCCGCCAGCACGAUGGUCAACUCCGCGGAGAGACAGGACUCAGUUCGUGCCGACGACCACUUCCUCGCAGACUUCGAAUGGGCCUUGUGCGAAGAUGAAUUCUUCCUGCCUACCGGUCCGUAUACCUAG